AAAAAGGAGACCUGUAUCUUUAUAUAUAGGGUUCGCGCAUGAGAGAAAACACACCCAAAACCCUAGCUCUCUCUCUUCGACCUUGAAGAAGGACGAAGCCCAAGGUUAAUUGGCUCUUCUUGUUACUGAUUGAAGACGUAUUGCAGUCCGGCAGAUAUGGACUUUGUGUACUUUAAAGACCAGCAGAACUUGAAAAAGCUUGAGAAAAUUGAGAAGUUUGAAGCUCAACAGACGGUGGAACUGAAGAAAAUUAUUGUGCAGCGUGAUGCUGAAAACAAAGAGCUUGCCAAACAUCUCGAGAUAACAGAGGAUCAAAUUAAUGAACUCGAGAAACAUCUUGCGCAGACUGAAGCUGAUAAGGAGACACUUAAGAAAAAACUUCUUGGACUACAGAAUGAAGCUAAAAUAAACAAACAGCUUAGCAUGAAAGUGCUUGAGCUGCAAAAUGUAGCUGAUCAAAACAAAAAACUGAAGAACGAUCUUGAGAAAAAGCUUGAGCAGAGCGAAUCUCGGAAGAAAGAGCUUAGUGAAGAACUUCAGAAGAUUAAGGAUAAAAAGGAAGAGCUUGAGGAAAUUCUCGACAUAAAUGAGGCUGAAAUGGAAGAGCUUGAGGAAGCUCUCGAGAAAAUCAAGACUGAAAAGGAAGAUCUUGAGGCUGAAAAGGAAGCUCUUGAAGACGAGCUUGCGCAGAUCGAGGUUGAUAAGAAGGCAUUUAACAAGAAAGUGCUUGAUUUGCAGAGUGAGGUUGAUCAAAACAAAGAGCACCAGAUUGAUCUUGAGAAAAUGAUUGAACAGUGUGAAGCUCAGAAGAAAGAGCUUAAAGAAGAGCUCGAGGAGAGUGAGGUGCAACUGCAACACACGAAGAAUGAGCUUGGGAAAGUGAUUGAACAGAAGGAUGCUGAAAAGGUAGCUCUUAUGCAAAAGCUUGGGAAAACGGAAGCCAGUAAGGUCGAGCUUAUGAUAAUUAUUGCGCUGCGGGAUGCUGAAAAGAAAGAUCUUACCAAACAUCUGGAUAACACAGAGGCUCAAAUUGAUGAAUUAGAGAAAGAUCUUGAGCAGACUGAAGCUGAUAAGGAGGCACUUAGGGAAAAAGUUCUUCAGCUGCAGAAUGAAGCUAAGAUGAACAAACAGCUUAGAAUGAAAGUGCUUGAGCUGCAAAAUGUGGCUGAUCAAAACAAAAAACUUAAGAACGAUCUUGAGAAAAAGCUUGAGCAGAGCGAAUCUCAGAAGGAAGAACUUAGGGAAGAACUUGAGGAGAUUGAGGCUGAAAAGGAAGCUCUUCAGGCUGAAAAGGAAGGUCUUGAGGAAGAUCUUGAGAAAAUUGAGGCUGAAAAGGAAGAUCUCGAGGCAAUUGAGGCUGAAAAGGAAGAUCUUGAGGCUGAAAAGGAAGCUCUUGAAGACGAGAUUGUGCAGAUCAAGGCUGACAAGAAGGCACUUAACAAGAAAGUGCUUGAGUUGCAGACUGAGAUUGAUCAAAACAAAGAGCAUCAGAAUGAUCUUGAGAAAAAGAUUGAACAGAGUGAAGCUCAAAAGAAAGAGCUUAAAGGAGAGCUUGAGGAGAAUGAAACCCAACUGCAACAAAUGAAGAAUGAGCUUGAGAAAGUGAUUGAACAGAAGGAUGCUGAAAAGGAAGCUCUUAUGAUAAAGCUUAGGCAAACUGAAGCUGGAAAGGGCGAGCUUAAGAAAUCCCUUGAACGUUUUGGGAUGGAACUGCAAGAGCUGACGAAAAUGAGCGAGGAGAAAUCACAUAGGUUCAUCACGCUUGAGAAUGAUUUUCAGAAGAGGUUGGAGCAAAGUGAAAGUCAGAAGAAAGAGCUUGAGAAAAUGGUUGAGGACGGUAAUUCUCAAAAUGAAGAUCUUAUGAAAGAGCUUGAGAAGAUUCAAGCUGAAAAGAUUAACCUCAAUAUAGCGCUUGAGCAGAAAAAUAAAGCUUACAAAGAUGGAGCCUUUCUUUUUAGGAAGAAGCAACUUGAGAACAUAGAGCUUACCAAGAAAAUGGCUGAGCUAGAGGGGGAAGCUGAUCUAAACAAAGAGCUUGAAAUUAAUUUUGAGAGAGAGCUUGAGCGUAAUGAAUGUCAGCAGAAAGAGCUUGAGCAGACUAGAGCUGAAAAGCUAGAGCUUACGUUUCAGGUUGAACAGACUAAAACUGAAAAGAUAAAUCUUAUGAAAGCUCUUGCACAGAUGGAGAUGCAACUGCACGAAAUGAAUGGGACGGUUGUUUUAGAGCAACAGAAGGCUGAUGAGUUGGCGGCGUCUUUGGCCAAAGAACGAAAGAAACGGAAGAGUUAUCGGAAAAAGCUCCAGUCUGCCAACAGUGAAUUGGAAAAGAAGCUUGAUGGUGUACAGAAGAAGUCUGCCGGCAGUGAAUUGGAAAAGAAGCUUGAUGAUGUACAGGAGUCUGCCAACAGUGAAUUGGAAAAGAAGCUUGUUGAUGUACAGGAGUCUUCCAGCAAUGAAUUGGAAAAGAAGCUUGAUGAUGUACAGGAGGAGUCUUCCAGCAAUGAAUUGGAAAAGAAGCUUGAUGAUGUACAGGAGGAGUCUUCCAGCAAUGAAUUUGAAAAGAAGCUUGAUGAUGUACAGGAGUCUGCCGGCAGUGAGUUGGAAAAGAAGCUUGAUGAUGUACAGAAGGAGUCUGGCAGCACUGAAUUGGAAAAGAAGGUUGAUGAUGAACAGAAGGAAAGCUCAGAUGAGCUCGAAGUUUCUGAUGAUGAUUGGCUUAAAGUUUAAGUAGCUUUAUUUGACUUAAGUUCGGUUGCCAUAGAUUUAAACGCUUAACUUUGUUUAAUUUGUUUAAAGUACAUCAUAUGUAUGUAACUUGCCUAAAUCUUUUUGCGGUUGGAACAAACGAUUGAUUAUAUAUGCUUUUUACCGGUAAAUAACUAUUUGUGGAUUUUCAAGUCAUAUGGUUUUUUUUUUUUUUUUUUUCCUUUCUCGUAUCUGCUUUCCCGUUUCUUCCUUACCCCCUUCAUUUUCUCGAUCUCUUUUUAUUAUUUUAUGUCUCUGAAGAUUGCAAUGUUUGUUUUAAUGUUAAGUAUCUUUUACAAUUUUUUGUUAUCAGAGUAAUUUCAUGUAGAUUCCAACCACAUGAGGCGUAUUCUCCACUGAACCCUAAUAAGUUUGCUUUCUUCUACAGUUGGUGUUUGUUACUAUAUAUUUUUUUAAUAUAUAUGAUAUUAUCUACAUAGAGGUGGGGAGUUGGAUAAGCCUCACAAUGGGCUAGCCAUAAUAAUUUGGUUUGCAUUUGCUUUUGAUGAGGAUCAAACUUAAGACCUUUCACUUACAAAUGAAAAGGAAUACCACUAGACAUUAAUACUAAAUAGCGGCGCUUGUACCAUUUUGACUGAUAAAAAUGACACUAUCUAAACAUU